CCGACCCCAACUCAUCAGCACAAGAUUCGGCGGGGACACCUCAGCAGUUUCACACUCAGCACUUUUCCCCACGCGCGAUCACCGUCGUCCACCAGAGAGAGCGAUCUCAGACCAAGAAACGCGUCGCCCUCAGCCGCAGGCACCGACCUUGACCGGCCUGGUCUCGCCGGCCGGCGGCGACUGGAUGGAGCCCCUGGAGGCGGCCAUAGCGGUGAUCUUCAACGCGCUGCUGCUGGUGUUCAUGGUGAAGCUCUUCUUCGCCAUGUUCAACAUGAAGCUCGUGGUUAUCCUCUUCUACCUCGUCGUCGUCCUCUUCGCCAUGGCCUUCUCCGGCCGGGGGCCCAGCGGAUUCUAGCGAUUAGGAAGGUUAGGUGCCUGCCGAGCUUUUUUGUUUUGUUUUGGUUCGGUUCUUGAUCGAGAGCCGGAUCGAUCGUGGGACCUGCUGUUUAGUGCUUCAUCUUUGGGGGGAAUAGAUCGUAUAUCUUGGUUUAACAGGGGAAAUUAAGCUGGUUCAGAUCCUGUAAACUUGGUCAAUUAAGAAAAACAAUGCCGUGUAGAUGCAGAUUAUUUCAGCUUGCUUAUUUUCUUCC